AUGGCAACAAGAAACGCUCUCCGUCGCUCCCUUUUCUACAUCCCGGGCUCGUCGCAGCGCUUCAUUGACAAAUCCCGCACACUCACAGCGGACUGUGUAGCCUACGACCUAGAGGACAGCGUGACUCCGUACAAGAAAGCGGAAGCCCGGAGGCUGGUGCGGAGAGCUCUCGACCAGUCCGCUCCGUCGGGUAUUCGCGAACGCGCGGUUCGCAUCAAUUCAGUCGACAGCGGGUUGGCACUAGCCGACUUGACUGAAGUGCUCCAAUCCCCGAACCUGAGCACCAUCGUCAUCCCGAAAGUCAACUCGGCUUCUGAUCUCACUUUCGUCACGGAUGUUAUCAAGCACAGUCUACCACAGCAGUCGCAGACGCACCAACAGGACGCAGCAUCUCGUCCUCCGAUCUCUCUGUUAGCGCUCGUUGAGUCAGCAAAAUCAUUGGCGAAUUUGACUCAGAUCUGUGCAGCCACUCCCCUCCUGCAAGGCCUUGUAUUUGCAGCGGAGGAUUUCGCUCUCGACCUAAGUCUCACACGGACUCCCUCUCUAACGGAAUUUCUCUUCGCGCGGUCCAUGAUCGUCACUGCUGCUCGGGCCGCGAGUCUACCUUCCACUAUUGACUUAGUCUGCACGACGUAUAAGUCCCCAAAGGACGAUGGAUCGCCACCGGCUGCAUUGGAGGAAGAAUGUCGAGGCGGGAAGAGCCUAGGGUUCAAUGGGAAACAAUGUAUUCAUCCAUCGCAGGUGUCAACGGUGCAGCAGAUAUUCAGUCCAGAGCCGGAAGAAGUUCAAUGGGCUGUGCGCGUGACGAUUGCUGAUGAAAAGGCAGCAGUCGCUGGCAGGGGUGCCUGGACUUUGGAUGGAAAGAUGAUCGAUGUCCCUGUGGCGGAGAAAGCUCGUGCCAUCGUGAAGAAGGCCGAGGCGUGCGACUUUAAUGUUCGGGAACUGCGUGAGAAAUGGCAGCAUCAGGAACCGGAGUAA